AUGUCCACGCACGACCUCGAACCCGCUUUGCCACCUUCUUCAGAGAAGUCUCCAGAAGAUACCACACAGUUUCAAACGAACCUUCUGCAAGAUGAAGAACCAGGGCCAGUGCGCACCUUGCAUGGCUUCAAGUGGUUCCUGGCCUAUAGCUCUUUGCUCUCUACCGUGCUCUUCUAUGCGCUCGACGGAACCAUUGUUGCAGCCAUCCAGCCUCAGAUAAUCGAAACGUUUGGCGAGACCGAAAAGUUACCAUGGAUUGCUAGCGGCAAAGCAUUCGGCGUUUUCAAUGUCAAGUGGUUGUUCCUUGGUGUCGUCACUCUCUUCGAGGUAGGUAGCGCUGUCUGCGGCGCCGCUCCCAGCAUGGACGCCUUCAUCAUCGGACGAGUGCUGCAGGGCAUUGGCGCAUGCGGAUGCUACGCAGGCGCCGUAACCUAUGUCUCCAUUACCACUAGCACGCGCGAGCGACCCAUCUACAUCUCGGGUGUACUUGCUACAUGGUCCGUCGGCUCCGUCGUGGGACCCCUCAUCGGCGGGGCAUUUGCACAGAGCAGUGCGACAUGGCGAUGGGCAUUUUACAUCAACAUUGUCUUCGCGGCUUUCACUGCGCCGUGGCUGAUCUUGUAUCUGCCUAAUAUUGAUCCGGCAAAAGAUUUGAGCUUUAAAGAGAAGAUGGGUAGGCAGGAUUGGCUUGGGAUAGUCAUCUUCAUGGGUGGCGCAACCUGUUUGUCUUUGGGUCUUACCUUUGGUGGGACUGUGUAUUCGUGGAGCAGCGCGUCAGAGAUUCUUCUUUGGACUCUCUCAGGCGUUCUUCUCAUCGUCUUCCUGUUCGUCACAAUUUAUCACCCCACAGUCACGCUACGAGAUCGAUUGUACCCUCUACAUUUGAUGAAGCGGCUGGAGCUCAACCUACUGGAGCUCGCACUGUUUAUGGCCUCGGGGUGCAUGGUGACGACACUCUAUUACAUCCCACUGCUGUUCCAAUUUACACGCAACGAUGGGCCUCUGAAAGCUGGUGCAAGGCUCAUGCCCUUCCUUGCCGGCCUGAUAUUCUUUUCUAUUUUGAACGGAGCCUUGAUGCCCAAAUUGGGUUAUCACAUGCCAUGGUAUGUCCUUGGGACUGCCAUGGUUUUGGUGGGGACUACCCUCAUGAGUAAUAACUUCCAUCUUGUAACUAGCAUGAUAACUAACUGCAAAAAGGUGUCAUCGAUGCGUCAACCUCCGAAGCAUAUGUUUAUGGCGCCACGCUACUCAUUGGAAGUGGCUGUGGAGCUUUCUUUUCCGCAGGCUUCUCAGUCAUCCAAAACCUUCUUCCAAUCUCUGAGCUUAGCGACGGUAUAA